AUGGGAAGCACACGUAUUUGUGUUCAAUUGUGCGUCUUUAUGGCGUUCGUCGCCGCCGUUGUCGUAACUGACCCAGACGUAUCUAGAUGCCCGGGUCCAUGGAAAUAUUACGAGGAUCUCGGAUGCACGCCAAUAUACAACAAGAAGGACUAUUGCCCGAAAAGUUUCAACUGUAAUCAUAUUAAAGAAAGAUCUAGGGACAAGUGUUAUAUUAACGGUCAUAUAUAUAAUGCCAAACAACUCCUUAAUCCUGAAGAUUCAAACGUUUGCGAUACCUUAUGUGUUUGCAGAGCCCCAUUAGUCAAGAAUCUAAUUGCUGCGUUUCACUGUGUGGACAAUUUCAAAUGUACCGACAUCACCGAGAUAAAGGUAAAAGAUGGUUGCUAUUUACGGAAAGACCCAACAACAUGUUGCAAAAAUCCGACAGAAAUUUGUCCUGCAAAACUGGAAGAUAUACCUAUUUGUGAUAUAAACGGUCAAACGUAUCUUGAUGGUGAAUCUUUCAUAGUGGAUGAAGAACCCGAUUUGAUUUGCAUCUGCCAACCAGGGUACGAAGGUAUAAAUGUUCCACCUUUUUGUAUCAAGCCUAAUCAUUCCCCAUGUCGUCACCCUGCAUUCAGUCACGAUGAUUAUUUUCGUCGAAAUUGUGCUCCAGUUUACGAUGAUUACGCAGAAAAGAACCCGUGUUAUCUGACGAUAUUAUGUCACGUUCCUGGUGAUGUUGUCAUUCCUAGCCGAUUACCUUUUAUAAUGGAUAACGAUUGGAGUAAUAUGUGCAUAUUUGGUAAUUUGCUACUGCACAUUGGAGACAGACUAGAGCCAUCUCAAGAUUAUACCACCUUUUGUAUUAAUUGCAUUUGCGAAGUACCACCUGUACUAACUUGUGUAUAUAUAUCGGGAAGUAAUUGUAGUAGUGACACUUCUUAUUCCUAA